GCUGGCCUUCUCCAUCUUCUUCUCAUUUCUUUCUCUGUAUUUAAAUUAUAAUAGAACAGAGAAGAGCAGGCAAAGCGAAAAGGAAAAAGAGUGCAAAAGGAUGCAGAGGAUAUCGGCAGCAAGGUCUUUAUGUGGCAAAAUUUUGAGAAAAGAGAGACAACGCGCUUUCUUUUCCUCAACUUCCUUGCUCUUCGACGACACUCAGUUACAGUUUAAAGAAAGUGUUAGGCAAUUUGCACAAGAAAAUAUUGCCCCUCAUGCUUCCAAAAUAGACCAAUCUAAUUCUUUCCCCAAGGACGUUAAUUUAUGGAAACUCAUGGGAGAUUUUAAUCUCCAUGGAAUAACUGCCCCAGAGGAAUAUGGGGGACUUGGUCUUGGUUACUUGUAUCAUUGCAUAGCAUUGGAAGAAAUAAGCCGAGCUUCGGGCUCUGUUGGUCUUUCUUUUGGUGCUCAUUCUAAUCUAUGCAUCAAUCAGUUGGUGAGGAAUGGAAGCCCUGCGCAGAAAGAGAAGUACUUGCCGAAGCUCAUCAGUGGAGAGCAUGUAGGCGCUCUUGCAAUGAGUGAACCCAAUUCUGGCUCUGAUGUUGUUAGCAUGAAGUGCAAAGCUGAUCGAGUUGAUGGGGGCUAUGUUCUCAAUGGGAACAAGAUGUGGUGCACUAAUGGUCCAGUUGCUCAAACAUUGGUUGUUUAUGCAAAAACAGAUGUCACAGCUGGCUCAAAAGGAAUCACAGCAUUUAUUAUCGAGAAGGGAAUGCCUGGAUUCAGUACUGCUCAGAAAUUAGACAAACUUGGGAUGCGAGGAAGUGAUACAUGUGAGCUUGUCUUUGAGAAUUGCUUUGUUCCAGAAGAAAAUGUUCUCGGAAAAGAAGGAAAAGGGGUUUAUGUAUUAAUGUCAGGACUAGAUUUGGAGAGACUUGUUUUGGCGGCUGGGCCCCUUGGUAUAAUGCAGGCAUGUCUUGAUGUUGUUCUUCCUUACAUACGAGAGAGGGUACAGUUUGGCCGCCCAAUUGGGGAAUUUCAGUUUAUACAGGGUAAAGUUGCUGACAUUUAUACGUCUCUACAAUCAUCAAGGUCCUACGUGUAUUCUGUUGCAAGGGACUGCGACAAUGGAAGAGUUGACCCUAAGGACUGUGCUGGAGUUAUACUUUGGGCAGCUGAAAGAGCCACUCAAGUUGCUUUGCAGGCGAUACAAUGUCUAGGGGGUAAUGGAUAUGUAAAUGAGUACACGACGGGCCGUCUGCUUCGAGAUGCCAAGCUAUAUGAAAUUGGGGCAGGAACUAGCGAAAUCAGAAGAAUGGUCAUUGGUCGUGAGCUUUUUAAGCAGCAGUAAACUAAGAGAGUAUGAAAACUGUCAUUACAAUACUAAAGAUUUGCUUGCUUGUAGACACUACAGAAAACAAAUCAUAAAAAUAAUAUUUUUUCUCAUAAAACAGCUUGAUAUAGAUGUGGAUUGCAUUUUAUGA